AAGGGCUUUAGAUCCAAACAAACUAAAUUGAUUACGCUUCAAGUCAGCUUGCACUGCCUUGCAGGCAUGGCCACUCCGCAAGUUACUUCCAUUCUACCCAUCACAGAUGCACAACUACCACAAUCAUCAUCUGCUACAUUCAUCAAAGAUAUGACGUCAAACGGCACUUCCAUUUAUCCUCAACCUCAUACACGGUCCCCUCCAUUGACUGCCACUUCAGAUAGUAACGAAAAUACUAUAGGCAUGGGGCCGAUGUCUAGUUCCAUACAUAAUGGUGCAAAUUUGAUCCUAGAUCUCAUUAGGACUGAAAGACAACAGGCUUUCGAAGUUGGCCAGCGACAAAUAUCACAUCUUCAGCAACAACAUAAAGAGUGUCGCGUAUCGUAUUCGAAAGUGGUUCUGGAAGAAUCAAACAAGCGACGUGAUGCUGAGGAUAAGGUUGCGUACCUUUCAAACGAACUGGCCAGAUAUACAAAGGGGGCCACUGAAGUACAGAAUAUCGCUUUGCAAGCUAGAGUAGACGCAACUACUGCACGGAACACCGCUUCUGAAGCUGAAAGAGCAGCAGAUGAAGCUCGCAGCCACCUCAUGGCGGUUCAGGAUGCGCUUCAGCGAGUUGGGAUUGCUGUUAGUCAAGAUGACUCUGUAACAUCUAACACGCCGAAGAUAAUAUUGAGUGGGCCAUGGCUCCAACUCAUCCCAUCCCAAAUCCAUAGCUCAGACACGUCACUUCCCGAUCCCUCCAGUGCUCCAGAUGACAAGCCGAGUUCUUCCCCUUCCCCUUCCCACCACAUCAGCUCGCCAUCAACAUUUAUUUCAACUAUUACAGAACAUAUCAGUCACCUCAGCAACACAUUGACCGCCGCUCAAAACAGUUGCAAAGAUCUUGACGCCCAACGCAAUCAGCUCCAGAGCGACCUUCGUAAGCUGUGCCACGAUCGAAACGAGCUUGAAAGCUUAAAGAUGGAAGCGGAACAUAACACGGAGUUGCUUGGCCAAUGGAAAUUCAAACUUACAAAACUGGAAAAUGAGACACAAUUAUUGAAAGUAGAGCGAGAUGACGCAGUCAAGGCUAAAGCGGAGGCUGCCAUUGCACUCGAAGAGACGAGGACCACCUCGGCAGCUAGUGCAGCCACUCUCAAAUCCAACUUCGACCAGCUCUUUCAAGAUCAACAACGUCAAGCCGAGGCGAAUGCUGAAAAGAUUCGGCAAGCAGGGAACUCUAUUGAAACCAAAUCUGUACAAAUCCGUGACCUGCAGAACCGGCUCAUGCAGAUUACGGUCAUCGUAAAAGAGUGGGAGGGUAAAUACGAUGCAGUCACGAAGGAGCGUGACUCCGAGAAGCAGCUCAUGGUCGCUGAACGGCAGAAAUACAAAGAGCAUGUAAACGUUGAAACAUGCGACGCCGUGGAUGCUGACUGUACAUCUAGAGAAUGCUCUGUCCAAAAGGAACGGAUAGACGAUUUACAGAAGCAAAUAGGAGCUAGCGUCUCGAAGGACGUUAUGAUGGCCAAGGUGUCACGAAUAGAGGAGCUCGAAAAGGAACUGACGUCAAUUCAGGCACACUAUGCGAAGUCGAACCAGGAGAGAGAUGAAGCCGUUGCUUUAGUCAAGUCUCGUGAUGCACAAAUCAAAGAGUUGCAGGAGAAACUCGCAGUAUCUUCAAGUCGCAAAUUAACGAAGGAGUGUGCACCGAAGAAAAUCUCAGGUGGAAGUUUCAAAGAGAAGAAAGCUAGUCUAUCUAGACCAUCGGUCCCUCAUGACCAGAUCCAGUUCAGAGCGCCUGAGGCGCACCCUGAAGCCGUGUCGACAGCUGAUCAACGGUCUAAGCAAAUCACCGGUUCUAAGAAAAUUGGGAAACUGAAGUCCAAGUCUUCAAGCACCGCACCGGGUUUCUCUGCCACUCGCCCGAUGGAGAUCGACUCAGCGUCAUCGACUGACGUGGAAAUCAUCUCAGGACCGAUACCAAUAAUCUCGCAGGACUCUAAUACGAAGCAAAAGUCUCUCCGUACUGGAUCGAACAAAACACCUUUAGGUGUUAAUACUACCCAGACAGUCGACUCUCCUGCAGAUAAGACUAGUCUCAAGCGUACUGCAGACACAAACGAUACUUCCACGCCAGCUACAAAGCGGCCCAAACUCUUUCUAGACUCAUCCGCUAGCUCCGUCGAGAAACCUGCGUCUGCCUUAUCCAGCUCGCCGAUUUCAACUCCUUUGGGGUCGAGAUCUGUGACAUCUUCCCCGGUCAUUGCGAAGCCUGUUUUCAACUUUAAAUUUCGAAAACAUUCUGCACGAGCAAGUACUUCAGGUUCCUCGGGCGGUGUGACGUCGUCGAAAGCUAUGGCUAGCUCACCAAAUAUACGCACAUCCAAGAGCGUGGCUUCAACGGAAGGCCCUUCCGUGGGAGCCAGCGACGGUGGCGCGUAUCGCAGAUCAGUUAGCAUUACCUCGGAAACUGAGCUUGCAGCGGAAAGCACGCUUGGGGCAAAACCCCGAGCCCGACUUUUGAGACAUGGGCAAAUCAAAUCCCCCGUAUCGAUAGCUGGCGAGGUCAAUAGCUCUAAGAGACAUGCUGAAUUCAAAAACUUCAACCCUGAUGAUAUUCCUGCAAAGGAACAGCCCUCUGGGUCGCCGGCCCGUUCAACGACAGUGAGUGCAGAGCAGCCGCAAAACACACAAGCUCCAGCAUCUGCCACCAUUAGUAGAGAAGCCUCAUCAUCAGCAUCUACAAAAAGCAGGCCGUCUUUGCUGUGCCAAUUCAGCAUCAUAGAUAACCCCUUGACACCUCCAUCCAAUUCUACUCCAUCUCCGUCCCUUUCAACUGCCUCUGAGAAUGCAGUUGAUCGGAGCAAAGCCAAUUCCUCUCGCGACACCAUCUCAAAGGGUACCACACAGCCGGCAGGAGCUAAGUCUAACCCUAAAGGCCCGAGGUCAUCGAUGGCUAUGUUACAAGUGACUCUAGAAUCUUCUCCCAAAGCACCGAACUCGAUGCUGGCGGCUAGAUCGUCAGGAAAGGUACCCCAAAGGCCUAGAGCAACGAUGAAAACGCCCAAUACUGGAGAUAUCAAGAAAAGCACCUAAAUUCCCCUUCGUGUUCCAUUAUUUUACAUGAUCAACUGGGCUCUCUAAUUACCUUGUCCCUGUACAGUAUUCGAAUUCCCCGUGUACUUGUCUUACUCUCGUUUAAUAUGUUUUACGGGAAGCCGGUUUUCGUCGCUUGGACUUGUUGAACAUGUCCACCGGUACCGCUUAGAUGGUCAGUGCAAUAGAUUGAGAUAAAUCCAAUGAGCACAUGAAAAGUAUGUCGCACCAUUAACUGCAAUCACUGCACCGAAAACGCAGUGACUCACUGACUGAGUACUGAGUGACUAAGAGUAGAAUUCAUAUGAGUCAGACUCAAGCAAGACGCAUCGCUCGCGCAAUCACGGCGACGAUAGCUAGGUAUCAUGUAU